UUUUUGAAAAAAUUGUUUAAAAGGAAUAAAACGUGACAAUUACAAGAAAAUGAUUAUAAACAGUUUGAAAAAUAAAGUGACCGUUCUGAGCAACAAAAAAUAGCUGAAUACCAAGUUUUAUAAAUAGAUAGGGAUGAAGGCGUCUCAGAACUCCCCAAAUAUCUUCAUCUAUCAUAUUAUACCUUAGUUUAUUCCAAUAUAUUUUGCAACAUUUAUCAAAAUCUAAGCCUGUAUUUUAAAAAAUGCUUUCCAACUUUAUUCGCCUUUCAGACUGUCCCAAGAACCUAGCCUUCCAACUGACCAACGUCUUCCAGUUUGGCGAUAUCAAGUCACCUUAUGGCAAUUGUGAGGCGGACAGCAACGGCAGUGGCUACUCAUCUGGAAUAGCAAACUUCAACACUGCCUCUGGCGACACUUGGGAUGUUAUUCAAGCCUACCACAAGUUGACCAAUGACGAGGACGCGUUUUCCAAGUAUGACAAGGUAUUGGCCGAAAGAGCAGAGUCUGGAAGUGGUUCCAUCGUUGGACUCGAAAACUUCUGCGAUGUUUGGACGGCCCUUACUUUGGAUGCAAAGUUCAUUUCCGCGCAGGGCACAGUCUACGAUAGUCUGUAUUUCACUCCGUCUCAAAAUUCCGCCGACAAACUCGGUCUCAAAUACAGUGUUAGCCAGGCAGUAUUUUACGAUACGGCUGUUUCUCGUGGCGCGGGAAGCGGCAAGACCAGUCUGGGCGGCAUCAUCAAAGAGACUAACAAGAAGGUGACCAGCGACAAGACAGGCGACUCUGAAAGCAACCUCAGUAUUAAUGGAUAUUCCAUCGAUGAAAUUGAGUGGCUCAAGCUGUUCCUUGGUGUCAGAGCCAAGUAUGACACCCACGGAAAGGCCAAUAUCAACUCAUUCAAGUACAUUAUUAAAAAUGGUCAAUUCGACUGGGCCGAUACGCUUGAUGUGCUGAAUAAUAAGGGAGAGGUCGGAGAUAUCACCUGCGCCAACUCGUUUAACCCGCUUGAUAUUAACCCGAACCAAAACUGAAUGGUAGGGGUAUACUUUAUUUUACAGAUUCAUUUUUCAUUUUCUAUUUUUUGGCUCUAGACUCCCAAUAUAAAUACCAUUUGCAAUGAAAUAAACAAAGUAUAGGAAUGACUCG